GAGCAGCGUCGCGCGCCACAGUGGAGGAAUCGAACGUCCCUGAAGCGCACACAGCGGAGAGAGUGCGGCGCGAGAGUGAGGCAGCGAGAUAACGGCGAGUUGUUGCCCCCUCUCACUCCAGCAAGAGCAAACCAAACCCGGCUGAUUUAGGGGGGUCCGCACAGUCUUCUGCUCACAAGGAGGAGGGAAGCGAGGGAUUUUGGAGCCGCAGGUUUUUUUUUUCUUUUCUCCCCCCCCCCCUGUCGUUUUUUUCCCCCUUUCCCCCCUGAACGAGGAUUCCGUCUUUUCCGCGGUGGUUUGUUUCUCGCUCUCGCCGCGAAGAUGAUGGUCGGAGAGGUCGAAGUGAAGGAGCGACCGAGGCCGAGUCCCGACUAUUUGAUGCAGUUGCUGAACGAGAAGAAGCUCAUGACCAGUUUGCCAAAUCUCUGCGGCAUCUUCACGCACCUGGAGCGGCUCCUCGACGAAGAGAUCAACAGAGUGCGUAAAGACAUGUACAGUGAUUCAGUGAAUGGCCUUGUGGAAAGACACCCCCUGGAGCUACCUGAGGCUUUGGGACCCAUCGUCCACCUGCAGGAAAAACUGUUUGUGCCUGUCAAAGAGUACCCUGAUUAUAAUUUCGUGGGGAGAAUCCUUGGCCCUCGGGGUCUCACAGCCAAACAGUUGGAAGCAGAGACGGGAUGCAAAAUCAUGGUGCGAGGCAAGAGCUCCAUGAGAGACAAGAAAAAGGAGGAGCAGAACAGAGGAAAGCCGAACUGGGAACACCUUAAUGAAGACCUUCACGUCCUGAUCACAGUGGAGGACACACAGGCCAGAGCUGAGAUCAAGAUGAGGAGAGCAGUGGAGGAGGUCAAGAAGCUCCUCGUACCUGCUGCGGAGGGAGAAGACAAUUUGAAGAAGAUGCAGCUGAUGGAGCUGGCGAUUCUCAAUGGGACGUACAGAGACAACAACAUCAAAUCACCCACCCUUGCGUUCUCUCUUGCAGCGGCGGCAGCAGCCGCUCAGGGCCCCCGCCUCAUAGCGGCCUCCACAGGUCAGGUGUUGCCUCCCCCUUCACUUCGGCCCCCAACACCAGCCGGGGCCCCCAUCAUGAACCUCAUCCGGCCCACUCAGAUGGCUACCAUGCUGCCUAAUGGCACGCCCACACUGGUGCCUCCCACACCGGAUGGCGGGCUUAUCUACACCACCCCUUACGACUACCCUUACGCCCUGGCACCCACCUCCCUGCUGGAGUACCCCAUCGAGCACAGUGGGGUUCUAGGUAAGAGAGCCUGGGGAAGCAUGGGUGCGGCAGGUACAGCAUUCAACUUUAGCCAGCCUGGACAGGAGGGGAGCUUGUUUUACCCCGGAGUUGGGGUGCUGGACGCGGCUUCCAUGAGCCACAGUCAGGACUUUUUGAAAGGUGCAAUGGCUACUAAAGUGAGACGGCAUGACACGCGGGUCCAUCCUUACCAAAGGAUUGUGACCGCUGACAGAGCCGCCACCGGCAACUAACACAUGACCUUCUGACCUCUGAACUCUUCACCCAAUGACGAGCCGCCCCAAGCCUGCCUGCUGAUCAGUUAACUGGUAAUUGCCUUUUGCUAGCCUCUCGGACGCAAGUGAGAGAGAGAGAGAGGCGCCUGCCCGUACAGUUACCCUAACACGUUCUGACAAAAAACAAACAAAUAGAAACCAACGCAGAAUCUUCACAGAAACACAACGAAACCCAACAAAGUUGUGUAGAAUUCAUUUUUUUCCCUUGAGUUCAAUUCCCAUUCUUUCUCUUUCUUUUUCUUCAUGAAUCAUAUACUGGGUGGAUGUGUUGUGGUAUUACUCAUGAAUCUGCACUGAAUUAUAUAGCAAUAAAGCCCCCACCCCACCCUGACCACCCACUCCCCUGUAACUGCUCUGAUUUGGUGACCUCACUUGUACGAGUCCAACUUCAAUAACAUUUGACGCAAACCAUUUGGUUUCAGAGCGAUGACAUAACCCCUUUAAAAUGUGCAUCUGCCCCUUCCCCAAAAAAAUUUAAAAAUACUGAAGAGCCCCUACCUGCUCCCACCCUGUUACACCACUCAUCUGUCAGGAGAGAAAAAGAAAUAGAAGGAAAGAGAACACACACUCACAUUAACUUGUUUAAUUUCUGUCAUUUUUACAUGUUGAGCUCUAAGAUGUAAUGAUGAGCUGACACAUUCUGGGUGUGCCCCCUCAAAACAGCUUCCUGUCUGUUUUUAAAAAAGCAUGGCUGAAAUGAUUGCAAAAGAAGCUUUUUAUGAUUUAUGUGUUUUCUCCUCUGUCUUGUGUUUUUUAGUUUUUAAUUUUGUUUUACUUUUUGAGUCAUUUUCUCCAUUUGAUUUUGGUUUCUCUGUUAUUCAUAUUUGACUAAUGAGUUUUGCUAAAAUCGACUAAGGCAGGUGGUUUUCUCUGGAAAAUAAAAUGCAAUCUGAUGUUCGAAGCAGGCUGCAAAAAGCUAAGAAAUUAUGAAGGGCAAGAUGGGAAGGUCAAAAUUGGGCUGAUGUGUGUGUGAUUUUUGUUUUCAUUUUUUUAAUUAAUACUACAAUGAAAGUAGGGUGUGCUGAGGCUUCGGGGUCAGCUCUUGGGGCAGCGCUUAUAAGCUGCUGCCCAUUGCUACACCCCCAUCCACACUACAUUCAUUUUACAGUGCCUGAUGUAUUUAGAAAAAUAUCUCGAUGAGUUAGCUGAGCUGUGAUCAAAAAGACAAAAAAAAGUAUUAAGUGUGCAUAUUUAGCCAAAGGGUUUUCCAAUGAAUUAUAUAUCUGCAAUUAUGCAUCUGUCCGACAGGGCUCUCUUUGUGAUUUUAGAGUUUAGGGUGUGAAUUUGUGGUGCCUGCCUUCAGCUGGAACAGACAGUCGGUCAGUUUAAUGAUUUUUUUGACCCAUUGAUGCUCCAUUUCUUCUGAGUAGGUGAACGAUAUUACGGCUUUUAACACUAAAUCAACAUGCUACUCAGUAACAGUAUGUUGCUAGGGGGAAGGGCACUUACAGUUAGGAACAUAAAAGCUUUCGUCAGGAUUCUAUAUUGAGUUGUUUCAUCAGCCACGUUGCCAAAUAGGUGUUUGUUUUAUUUUUACAUCUCAACAUUUGGCCAAUUUUUGAACAGACCUUCUUUUUUUUACACCAGGUAAACAUUUUCCAUCAGUAGGGGCAUUAGGUUGGGAUAAUCUGAGCCUUCCUGCAAAUUAGAAAUUCAACUUUGAGUUUGAUCUCUUUUCGAGAUGAAACAUUUACUUUUUCAACACAUGCCAAACCAUCCAAAAGCGCAUCCACAAUGUGUCACACUUCCCUGUGAUCAUAGUAUAGAUCCUGAGCCCCAUGGUCUUGAUUUAUUUUUUGUUUAACUCUCUCAAGAAAAAAUAGGAUGUGAAAGCCAUGCCUGCCUGUUCAAAUUGCUUUAUACAUACGUCUUAUAUAUAUAUAUAAAUAUAUAUAUAAAUAUAUAAAAAUGUAGAUAACUGUCAUUGCAUAUACAAAUACAGAAGAGAACAAAAAAUAGAUAAUUUUACAGGGUGCUGGAGAAGAGAAAAAAAUUUAAAAAUCUAUUUUUGGCAAUUUUAGCUUUUGAUACUUUACUUGCAUUUACAAAAUCUGAAAAAAUCUAAUAAAAAGAAAAACAGUAUAUGGAGAAAACAGAAAUACUGAGUGGGUGAGGAAAGGAGGUGCUGUUACCUGGGAAAUGAUUGGAAAGGAGGAUGAAGACCAAAACAGUCAUAACCUUUGGGAAGUUAGCGAGGAUCAGAGCAAGACACGGAAAGUUAAAAAAAAAAAAAAAAGAGGAUCAAAUCAAAAGUGCCUUAUCAACAGUGGUUUCUGUUUUCUGAGUGUUCCAGUUGUGUUCAAUAAUAUCCAGCACCCACCAAGUGGCGCAGAGAGGAAUGGCUAGUGUUACAUGCUCUGAAUAGUCGAGCAGGGUAGCUGCCACCAUAUCGUGGUGUUACCGAAGUUAUUCUAUGCAAAAAGAAUAGCAGUCGUUUUGACCAGCUAAAAUAUGUGCCAUGGUUUUGUCUUCCUGAAUUUCUUUUUCCUUUACUUGACAGCCCUUUACUCUGCUGUGUGAGCAGCUUUUGUUCUCUUUUUGUUUAGAUUUUAAAUAUGAAAUAUUGUCUUGAUUUAUUUUGUUGUCGGUGACUGUGACUACCUUCCUAGAACAAAUUUAACUGCCAAUAGCAAAGCGGUAGUCUGCCACAACAUUUUUUGACCAUGAGCUGAGAAAAAUACAAAACGUUAGAGAACGGAAACAAAAGGUUGGAGGGGUCGUCCUCUGUUUGCAUUACGCGUUUGUUUCAACAGCUGCAAACCGAAAGAAUGCAGUCCAUGUUCUGAUGUCAAUUUAACUUAAAGAAACAAUCAUGAGAUUAAUAUGGACGAAUAUAAAAACAGCUGGUUAAUGAAACGACAGCCCCAGUUUUCAGUUAUUGAAACAAGUGACGGGUUAUCACUGGAAGGUAAAACAAACUCAUCAUAUUAAAUUGAGAGAAUUGUUAGAUCCCAAUAUUUCCCCCCCCGGCAGUUUGUAUUUCUAUUCAUAGCUCUUUCAUCAUGCUGUUACACCGAAAGGUCAAUGAAAUUUAUUUUUUCUCUUUUUUCAGUGUUAUUUUAAAUUGAAAUGCAAUAUUAAAAGAAAGUGGAGCAAGUGAUGGCUGUUCAGCAUUUGACAGUAUUAAGAAAAUUCCCUCUGCAAUGUUACAACUUGCUGUGUCAUUGUGAAAGGCUGGAUUAGUCCAUCAGGUGAAAGGUGAACUCUAUACCUACCGUAUUCUCUCUGGCCUGCCUACUACAUGUAUGAUAAUGUAAUUAACAGCCAUUGUUACAGGUUUAUAAUGUAUUUUUCUAAUCUCAUUUUAUAUGUAUAUUAAUCAUGUUUCUGAGUGCUUCUUUUCUUUUUUUUUUUUUUUUUUUAAUGAAACACACUGCUUCUUUUCUCCCCCCCUCCUAAACGUCCCUCUCUUCCUCCCCCUCUUCUCUUUCCUCAUCUUGGAAACUGUCUCUCGUGGGGAGUGUUGCCUUUUUCCCUGUUAUAUUUUGUUUUUGUUUUCUUGCCAAUUCCCAGCUUGUUUAACUCAUUAGCUACUUUAUUAGUUUUUUCUUGUCAUAAGUAUUUUUACAUGCUUGCAUUUAGUUUUCAUGGUGUAUGCUGUUAUUUUUUCUUAUUAACCUCUUGGCAUUUAUUUUAAUAAAACAUUCUUAGUAAGAAUUUUACUAACUUGCUGAUAUUUUGUCUUGUGUUUUUAACCAGUUUCAUGAAUGUAUUACCUUGGUCUGGUUCACGGACUAACACAAUUAAAACUGGUGUCUGGCCACCACUUACACUGACUGAUGACAUGCACACUACAUGAACACACACCCCAGUCAUCUGUGCACAUACAAUCACUCCACGCACACAACCUAACUGGAAACUGCACGAGUUGAUAAGCGUCCCUCGCUGCCGCUCACGCACUCUCACCUCUGCUGGAGAAAUCUGCUGACACCCUUCACACUUGCCCUCCGCUCAGCCUCAACACCGCUGCUGUGUCUCGUCGUCCCUGUUAGAGACAACUCUCUCUCGUUAGUCGUCCUGUGUCACUGACCUCGCCAGGCAGGAAGUGUAGCAGUGUCUGGCGGGAAUGGGCGGGGGGUGUAAAACUGCACGUUACUUGAGGUCACUGGUUAACUCUUGGGUCAGCUGUCCCCUCUCGAACAAAGAUUAAAGGGCGGGUGGGUCUGUCCUUUCACAAAAGAUAGUCAAAACAAAAAAAAACUAAUCCCUUAAGAUAAAACUUCAGUUUUUCAUCUUUCUCUGGGCAUUCGUUCUAAUCUGUGGAAAAAAACCACUGCAUGUGAAUCAUCUCAAAAGGCUUAAUUUUACUGUGAAUAUGUAGAGCAGAACAUCUCAUCAGCGCACAGUGUAGACGUAUUUACGACAGACACAGGGACACAUUUAUAGAUGACAGUAAAUGUGAUCAUCUAAAGCCGUCCCCUGUCUUUUUUUAUGUUUUCCUCCCCAUUGCCUCCAUGGCUUGUUAUGCUGGAUAGCAGCAUUACAGUUAUCACCAGCUGUUGUCUGUUUGGUGAACAUUCAGCUUAUUGAUAUAACAGCUAAUACUGGGCCAUUUGGGAGCAUCCAUAAUGCUUAGACACACACCAGUACCACCGUGCCAAUAUGAAGUACUUUGGGAUCAAAACGACCUUACUAUUCCUUCCAGUGUAAAACGCUGAUAUGGCUUCCAGCUAGCCAGUAUUUAUUGUUUUUGUUUCCGUUGGUCUGAAACACUGCCAGUGUGUGUUGUUCAUUCUACUGCUGUGUCAGUGCACUCAUCCCCGGGUUCAUUCAGCUCUCUUCUCUCUACUCGGCUUUCCUCCCUUCUCCCCACUAAUUCAAGGUAUUGACACUGACACACAAGCAAAAGAUUAACUUCAUUAAUCCUGAUUAGUACUUUAACCCACUGAGUGAUGCCUCCACUUUUUUUCUUUCCUUCCUUCCUUUCCUUUUAUUAAAAUAUGCACAACAAAAACAACUUGGCCAUAAACUGUUGUGAUUCUCUUCAUGUCUCAGCGAGCAAAGAACGAGGAUUAAAAGUGUCUAACAUCAAACUUAACAUUUCUCUCCCGCGCUGAAAUUAACAUUUUGUGUGUUUGAUCAGAAAAACGGGUGUUUUCGCCUAAAACACCUGCUCGUACACCAGCAAGUAGAGACAGAGAUUGGAUUACUGGCAACAAGCUCAAAUUGAUUUUUUUCUCCCUCCUCUGUACAUUUGGUGUUAUCAGUUUGUUUUUUAAUUUAUUAACGUAGGAUUGGCCUUUGAUGUCUUUGAUUGACUCCUCCUUGUAAUGAGCAACUUAAGCCAAAAUCCGUCCGUUAGCAGUCGUUACAUUUACGCUGUCACAAGCCCCGCCUUUUACAUAUCAGACGUUUUCAGGGGCUCGCCUUGAAAACCAAGCUGAUGGAUAAAAAAAAAGGAAAUGAUGGACGAGGGAUUUUCUAAAGCACAAGUGUUACAAACACUGCCUAAAUAUUGCAUCUAAGAAAACAUAAAAUAAAAAGUGCCUUAUUUACUGAGAUUGGAAAAUGAUAUAUAUUUUUGUACUUUAUCAUCCAGUGCCAAUUUUCUGUCUCAGUUAAUCUACCGGAAGCUUUUUUUUUUGUUGAGCACAAAAAACCCUAAAUGCCCACGCUUUUUUUUCCAGCACAAUGCACAUAAACUUUGAAACAUAAACCGGGAAAGGACGACCAAAGUGAGGAAUUUGGUCUCCAGCAUUUCCCUCCAUUAAACUUUGGCUUAAUGGCUCCUGUUUUCGAUUUGAUCCACUGAGAACUUGACACUUUUUGUCUGUUUUCUGAUUGGACCACAGUAUGCAGGAAAUGGCUGCUCACAUACUGCUGCCCCCUCUGGCCCCGAGUUCUCAGUGAAUUUCCAAAUCUGUCGCAGGGCAUUCAGUGCAUUUAUCUACUAACUACCUUUUCACCUGUCGAUCCUUUAUUUCUUCUUCUGUUCUGUUUAACAAACAUUCCUCCAAUGAGUUAAACGGCAGGUUAACCAAUCAGUAUUGGUCUCAGCGAUGUAGCAGGUGGUUAAAGGGCAAAUACUACCAAAAUACAGAGUGAGAAAAAAAAUCAGCCCCACUGGAUUUUUUUUGUUUUGACUGUGAUGAAUAUAAUACUUUUUUUUUCCUAAAACAUUACUAGUAUGAUAUAUACUGUAAGUUCCUCAUCUAUAUAGUGGUGCACUAAAAUCUGUGAGAUUUUUUUUUCGUGGAGUUGUAAGAUUUUAUGUGAAGUAGCUUUUAUUUUGUUUUGUGUUUCCUUGUUUUUUUAUUUUAUAUAGAGGGUUAGACUGAGAAAAAUGAAUAGGGUGUAAAACAUGUAAUGCCAGUUUUUGUUGCUCACACCAAAAACAAAAGAAAGGAAAACAAAUGUCAUGUGUGCAAUAAAGAACCAUAUUUACAAGCUUC